AUGUUGCGAUCUUUACUUGGCGGAACAAGAAAACAAGGUCCGAAAAGGGCUGUUGUGUGGUCCCCCGAUGUGGUGGACAAUGCUAAGCCCUUGCCAGACUCCCCGAAAACAGGAAUGUCGGAUGACGAAGCCAUAAAAAAGUCAGGAAAAAACUUUACAGUCUCGGAUGAAGAUGAAAGGAAACGUAGACGAGCCAUUCGGUUCGGGGCGACGCCGUCAGAAAAUGACAAUAGCAUAGGACAAGAAAGUACUUCUAAAGUGAGCCCACUAUCAGAUUUUGCUGUAGAGCAAGCUGCACAAAUAAGUAACCUCACUGAAAAUGAAAGGAAACGUCAACGUGCCGUUCGAUUCGGAACGCGUUCGCUUCAAAGUCAACAAUCUCAUAAGUCAAAGACAGAAAAUAGUCACACUCAAGAAUUAGAACAAUUAGGAACAAGAGUGAAAGAUUUUGUUGAUACGACGAGACUUUACGCUCAAGUGCAGGAUGCAAUUUCUGACGCAUUAAAUGAAGCAACUUUAAGUGAAACAGGACGAAGUCGAGCGUGGGACUAUUUUCAUGACGGAUUCAAAGUUGAUCAUAAAGCAAAACGCCGAGAAUCUGUAUCAAUAUCUGAAACCGAUGCACCAUUCGAAUUCCAGGUCGAACCUCAAGUUGUUCAUGAAAUCUUGCAAGGAGUUUUAGAGGACACAGAGAAAGUUAACAACAAUUUUGGAUUGAAACUUGAAAACGAUUCGACAGCCGAAUUAGAUUGCAUCCCACCCAGUCCUCGUUACGCCGACAUCGUAAAUGCGAAAGAGGUCCAAAGUUCGUUUGACGAAAUUUCUUUCGUUCCCGAUGCAUUGAUAUCAAAAUCGAAUGAGAAUUCUCCUGUAAUUUCCUCCGUUAACUAUGAAGAAGAAACUAUUGCGGCCAGCAUCGAUGAAAACACUUUAAUAGAAACAACGGAUACCGAUGCAGUGUUAGGCCCUCCACCUUCAGCUCCUUUUCAAUUUCAACGAGAGACACAUCGACGGGAGCAAGCUUUCAAGCGAAAGGUUGCCUUUAAAAAGUUCGCGAUAAAGAAGAUGAUUGACCGUGAAUCUGCGGAACUUUCGCGACGACGAAAAUAUCGCAUGGCAAUCUUCGAUGCGAACCGUGCUCAUUCAGUUGCUACGGUUCUUGGCGAACUCGACUCAGUAGUGAAACUCGAUACCCCCGCUGAACGUUUGUUCAGGCUUGAACAUCCCGAAUAUUUUCCGAAAGAGCCUUCGGAAUCGCGCGAAGAGCGACUUCGCGAAUAUGAAGAGGCACGUAGUUCUUACGACGCGAUGGUAGCUAAGAAAAUGGUCAAACAACAAAGCCGCCAAGAUAAGUUGGAUGACGAUCUUCAAGAAACUAAAAAAGUAGCCCGACAGAAAGUCCAAGAGGAAAAAAAUCGGAUCAAACCUUCCGAAUCGGAUACCCGUAAAUCACGGAAAGAAAAAGGCAAUAUUCCCUCUGAUAAGGAAGAUUAUGACGAUGAUGAAAGCGAAGAAGAAUUCGACGCUUUCGAAGAGUUGUCAGUACCGUUACAGGUCCGGAAACAUACUCUCCGACGCAAAAAGGAUGGCUUAUCGUACAACGAACUUCGCCGCCAGGUUAAAGAGAAAGAGCGUAGCGAAAAGGUCCAGCGAGAACUCGCAAAGAUCCAAGAAAAGGCACGAAAGUGCCAAAUUGAAGAUUUGCGUCACCAAAUCCUUGAAGAAGAGCGUAAUCGCAAAAGACAGAAACUCGUUGAUCUUUCCAACGAAAGGGAUAGACGUGACGCAAUAACCAUUCAACAUAUUCGCGAAGUUGCAGCAACCAAAAUCGCAAUAGGACGGGCGAUUCGUGAAUUGGAAGAUAAGAUUUCCGCAGCAGAAGUACAACUUCAAGAAAAAUCUC